AUAGCAUUUGUCACUCAGCUCUGAGCAACUUCAGUGACACUACCAGGGGAGCUCUGUACUGGUCCCAAUGGCGCGCAUCCCACGUGUGGCAUCUUUCCUUCUCUUUCUGACUAAGCUCAGCAUUGGCCAGAGAGAAGUAACAGUUCAGAAAGGACCGCUGUUUAGAGCUGAAGGUUACCCUGUCAGCAUUGGCUGCAAUGUAAGUGGCCACCAGGGACCUUCCGAGCAACAUUUCCAGUGGUCUGUUUACCUGCCGACAGCCCCGAACCAAGAAAUCCAGAUUGUUAGCACCAAAGACGCCGACUACUCUUACACAAAGUAUGUGCAGCGGGUGCAAAGCGGGGAUAUCUACGUGGAGAGGGUCCAGGGCAACUCAGUACUGUUGCACAUCUCAAAGCUCCAGGUGAAGGAUUCUGGUGAAUAUGAGUGUCACACACCGAACACUGAUGAAAGAUACUUUGGGAGUUACAGUGCGAAGACUACUCUAAUCGUUAUUCCAGACACUCUCUUUGCCACCAUGAGUUCCCAGACACUCAGUAAGGAGGAAGGUGAGCCACUAGAACUUACCUGUGAAGCAGCCAAAGCCACAGCUCAGCAUACUCACCUGUCUGUCACCUGGUACCUGAUGCAGGAUGGAGAAAGUCCAGCCACCAAGAUUAUUUCCCUGUCCAAAGAUUUUAUGUUGAUCCCUGGGCCCUCAUACACAGAGAGGUUUGCAUCCGGUGACGUGCGCUUUGACAAGCUUGGAGCCUCUACCUUUAGGCUGUCCAUAGGGAGCCUGCAGCCCUCAGAUCAAGGCCAGCUGUUCUGUGAGGCAACUGAAUGGAUCCAGGAUCCAGAUGAAACCUGGACUUUCAUCACAAAAAAGCAGACAGAUCAAACAGCUCUGAGGAUCCGGCCGGCAGUGAGAGAUUUCAAAGUCAACAUUACGGCCAAGAGCACAUUUACUGAAGGGAACCCCUUAGAACUGGAGUGCCUGGUAGUGGGCAGUGGCCGCAACCCACAGUUUCAGGGUGUUUGGUUCUUCAAUGGUAUUGAAAUAGCCCACAUUGAUGCUGGUGGAGUUCUGGGCCUGAAGAAAGACUACAAAGAGAGAGCAAAUCAAGGACAACUCCAGGUUUCAAAGUUAAGCCCCAAGGCUUUCUCUCUCAAGAUCUUCACUGCGGGCCCAGAGGAUGAAGGUGCUUACAGAUGUGCAGUGGCGGAGAUGGCCCGAGCUCAGGCGGGCUCCUGGCAAGUGCUUCAGAGAAAGCAGUCGCUGGACAGUCAAGUGCACCUGAGGAAGCCAGCAGCAAGAAGUGUGGUCGUGUCUACCCAGAACAAGCAGCAGGCUGUGUGGGAAGGAGAAGCACUAACCCUUCUCUGCAAGGCAGAUGGAGCUGAAGGUCUCCUGUCCGUGGACUGGUGGCAUGUGCCACAGGGUCAGACACAGCCAGAGUUUGUGGCUGGCAUGGAGCAGGAUGGCAUUGUGCAACUGGGUGCCUCCUAUGGGAAACCAACUAAUCACGGCCACACCAGGCUGGAGAAAAUAGACUGGGCCACCUUUCAACUAGAGCUCACCUCCACCACAGUCGCGGACGGUGGCACCUACGAGUGCAGAGUGUCCGAGAGGACCCAGAACCAGGCCCGAGGUCUGAGCUGGACUCAGAAGAUGUCAGUCACUGUAAAAUCUCUGGCAUCAAGUUUACAAGUUAGUCUGAUGAGCCGUCAACCGCAAGUGAAAUUAACCAACACCCUUGACCUGUCCUGCAUAGUAGGGGCCAGCUACUCUGACCUCCAGGUACCACUCACUGUGACGUGGCAGUUCCAGCCAGCUGGGUCUCAGGUCUUUCACCUGCUUAUUCGAGUCACUCAUAAUGGCACUAUUGAAUGGGGGGACUUCCCACCCCAGUUCCAAAAGAAGACAAAGGUUUCACAGUCUUCAUUUCGUUCUCAACUCCUAAUCCACGAUGCCACUGAGGAAGAGGCAGGAGUGUAUCAGUGUCAAGUGGAAGUUUAUGACCGAAAUUCCCUACAUGUGAAUGAUGCCGCGAGGGCUUCUGCCACCUCUCACCCACUGAGGAUAGUCAUCUCUUUACCAGAGAGCAAGCUAAAAGUGAAUUCAAGCAGUCAAGUCCAAGAGCUCUCCAUCAAUUCCAAUGCUGCAGUAGAAUGUAGCAUCUUGUCCCAGACCACUGGGAACCUUCGGUUGGCCAUUAUUUGGUACUUCUCUUCCAUCUCCUCUAAUGCAUCCUGGCUGAGGAUCCUGGAAAUGGACCAAACCAAUAUUGUAAAAUAUGGGGAUGGAUUUUACACCCCUCGGAGAAAACAAAAAUUUCACACCGAGAAAGUUUCCCCAAAAGUGUUUCAGCUACACAUUCUGAGUGUGGAAGACAGCGAUCGGGGCAAAUACCGCUGCGCUGUGCAGGAGUGGCUCUCGUCCGCCAAUGGGGCAGAGUACAAGCUUGGAGAAGAGACGUCAGGUGUGACGGAAUUGAAACUCAGGCCCACAGGAAGUAAGGUGCGUGUCUCCAAAGGGCACUGGACAGAAAACGCUACCGAGCACGGAGAGGUGGCCAUCCCCUGCAGCCUGGAGAGCUCGGGCGGCUCAGCCUCCCUGUUCUCUGUGAUGUGGUACUGGACCAGAGAACAUUCUGGAAAUAAACUGCUGGUGCACCUGCAGCACGACGGCUUGCUGGAGUACGGCGAAGAGCGGCUCAGGGGGCACCUGCACUGUUACCGUUCAUCCGCUACAGGCUUUGUCCUGAAGCUCCAGCGGGUGGAGAUGGAGGAUGCGGGGAAGUACUGGUGCAGGGUGGCGGAGUGGCAGCUCCAUGGCACCCCCAGCAAGUGGGUCAGCCACGCAUCGGACGAGUCACAGCGUAUGGUGCUCACGGUGCUGCCUUCAGAGCCCACGUUUCCUUCCAGGAUCUGCUCUUCAGCAUCUUUAAUCUAUUUUUUAUUCAUCUGCCCCUUUGUUGUGCUCAUUCUGCUCGUUCUCAUCCUCUGCUUGUACUGGAAGGCCAGAAAGUCGUCCGCACUGAGACUACCCUCCCAGAGAGAAAAGACGCUCUGGGUGGACUUGAAGGGGGCUGGAGACAAGCCCAUCAGCAGGAGGGAAGAGGAAGAGGGAGAGGACAAGGAGGACCUUUGAAUCCCAAGAGGCGCCCGCAGCCCUGUGGAAGAGUGUGGACUUUGCAAGGGACUGACCAGGCCAGGACUGAACGGAUCCUGCUUCUGCCCUUCUCUGUCUGUGGCCUCGGUAAGUUACCUGAGAACCCGAAGAAACGUUGAUCGCGCAUGUAUGUGGUGCCAAGCACUGUUAAGUGUUUCUUUGUGUGUGACCUCAUCUGCCCCUUGCAUCCCCACCCCCACACCCAGGAGCUAGAUGGCCUCAUUACCCCGUUUUCAUGCACCACACCUCACAGAGGUUCAGGUUCCCCAUUUGUGUGUGUGUGUAUAUGUGUGUGUGUGUGUGGUACGUGCCCCUA